AUGUCUAGCAAUAUCAAGGUCCUUGUUACAGGGUCGACUAACGGCAAAUUUAAAAAUUUGUUUACCAAAGUAAAGCAAAUCCACGAGAAAUACGGUCCUUUUGACGUCCACUUGUGCACAGGCAACUUUUUUGGCCCUGAUAUUUCAGAGGAGGAUAUUCAAGAACUGAUCAGCGAUAAAAUUGACGUUCCUCUUAUGACCUAUUUCAUUAUUGGCGAUCAACCCUUCCCUGAAAGCGUCAAAAACCACAUUGCAACUACAGAUGGUGAAGUGUGUUCCAACUUGUACUAUCUCGGAAAACAAGGCGUAUUGAACACAUCAGAAGGGCUCAAGAUUGCCUUUAUUUCUGGUAAAUUUGACGAGCAAUCAACACCCAGCACCUACAACAAGAGCGAUGUGGAGAAGUUAUGCCUCACCAAACUACCUGCCACCUUGCCUCCUGGUGUGGACUUCUUGCUGUCUUACGAAUGGCCACAAGAUAUCACUGAAUUGACAGCGACUCCAAUGACACUUGACCAAGAUAAAUCAUCAUUGCACAUUUCAGAACUGGCAGCUGCUCUGAAGCCUCGAUAUCAUUUUGCUGCUGCUCAGAAUCUGUUCUAUGAACGCGAGCCAUACAAGAAUAUAGUGAGUGGAUUUGGACAAGAUGAAAGACCUGCAGACCACGCUACUCGAUUCAUUGGAUUGGGACAAGUGCUGAACAAGGAAAAGCAAAGAUGGUUUUAUGCAUUUAACUUGGUGCCCAUGUCGAAAGCAUCCAAAGAAGCACUCGAAAAUCUACCUGAAAAUACUACUGAAUGUCCAUUCGUGCCCUUAUUCACUGGAAACAAACGAAAGCACGCAGACAGUGCAGAAGUCAAUGGGUCUUUUUUCUGGGGCGAGGAUGCCAAGCGUGCAAAGAUAGUCGAUGUUCCUAGAGAAGGCUACGUUUGCAAAAAGUGCAAUAUCCCAGGCCACUAUAUUAAGGAUUGCCCACAAAUUGCCGCCGACUAUGUAUGCAAGAAAUGCAAUGAAAAGGGACAUAACAUCAGAGAUUGUCCUCAAGGCGGCGGCGGUGUGCCUCCUGAGGGAUACGUUUGCAACAUCUGUAAACAACCUGGCCAUUUCAUUAAGGAUUGUCCUGAUAGACAAGAAAGACAGCCUAGAGGAGAGCAGCCUAAAUUGGAUUCAUGCUGGUUCUGUUUAGCCAACCCCAAGGUUGAAAAGCAUCUAAUUGUAUCUAUUGGAACCGAGUUGUAUGCAACGCUUGCAAAGGGUCCUGUCAUCUCGCCCAACGACAAAGACUGCAAAGUUCCUGGUUUGGGCCACAUCCUGUUGAUUCCAAUCACUCACUACCCUACCUUUGGCAAGAUUCCAAUGGAGGCACAGAUUGAAGUGGUUUCAGAGCUUGAGAAAUAUAAGAGUGCCAUCCGUCGUCUAUUCGAUCAAUAUGAUCAGGAUAUGGUCCUAUUCGAAGUGUCAAGAGAGUCUUUCAGAGGCAUGGCUCAUGCUCAUAUUCAGGUGGUGCCUAUUCCAAAGUACAAAUCAGAUCAAGUAGAGAAGGUGGCUAGAGAACAAGCUGCACUAGCUGGUAUGGACUUUAUUGAUCAAGUGCCUCAAAAUCCUGAGAUUCCUUACUUUAGAAUGGAAUUGCCUGAUGGUAAAUCGCUCGUACAUUUGCUAAGACCUAAAGAACGAUUCAAUUUACAGUUUGGAAGAUUGGUAGUAGCACAUGUCCUGGGUGCUCCUGAACGUGAGGAUUGGAAGGCGUGUAGUCAAAGUGAAGAAGAGGAAAAGAGAGAUGCUGGUCUUUUCAAAGCUGCAUUUAAGCCGUUUGACUUUUCAUUGGAUUGA